UCGGACAUGGCUCCCACCUUCCCGGCGGCAGCAGCCGGUUCCGGCACCGCGGUCCGCGGGUCUGGGUGGAAGGGCAGCUCGAGCUUCAGCUGUGGGGAGGAAGGAGGUGGAGAGGGUGGCGGCGGCAGCGGCGGCGGGGGCUGCGUCGCUCCUGGGCCCGCGUGGUAAAGCGGCGGGAAUCCCGGGACCCGGCAGCUGCGGGUGGCGGCCGACCGGCGCAGCGCUGCCUGACCCCGGCUGCAGCAGGCAUGGUGUCCCAAAUGCUGCAACUGCUUCGGCAGGGCGUGUGGGCCGCACUCACCGGAGGCUGGUACCACGACCCGGAGCAGAGCAAGUUCACCAACAGCUGCCACCUCUACCUGUGGCUGUUCCUGCUGCUGUUGCCCCUGGCCCUGCACUUGGCUUUUCCUCCAAAUGCCAUCACUGUAUUUUUUUACUGCAGUUCAGUGACUAUAUUCUUCACAAUAAUCAAAGUAGUCAGUUACCGCCUACACCUUAUGUUUGACAAAGGAGAAGUAAUCCAGCAAAAACCCUCCCUGAAGAAAGAAAAGGCAAUCAAAGACAAAGAAGCCAGAAGUGAACAUACAGUUAAUCACAAAAACUCAAGGAUUAACAAUGGCAAACAAGAAGAGGCCAAUCGAAACCUCUCUACACCUCUCCACUGCAGUUCUAGAGGACAAAGCGUUAACUCUCAACACUCUUCUGGACUACUGGAGCUGCCAGCACAAGAAACAGUUGAAGAUCUCAAAGAUGUCAUUCUGUCAAAUGACCAACCUGUGGCUCCAGUGUCAUCUACCUCAAGUGGUAACAAAAUAGAAAGUCUAUCUGCUUCUAAAGCAAAUGUACCAGAAACCAUAAUCAUGCCAGCAAUACCUGUGAAACCAGUUGUGACGGAGACUCUAAUUGAAGGGAAGGAACAAGUAGGGAAGGGGCUGCUCCCUUUUCGUCACAGAUCUGAGGGUGGCUUAGUAGAUAAAGAAGUCUUGAAGAAAUUUCCACAUCUGUCUUUGUCUCAGUAUGACUUUCUGGAAACUGAUGUCUCUUUCCAGCCUUGGAGCAGUGAGAAUUCAGUCCUGAUUCCAGAAUCUUUGAAAUAUGCCCAGGACUCUAUAAAGGAAGAGUUGCAAGGCAAGUCACCUCAAAACAGCCUGAGCAGUAGCUUCCUUAAGAGUAACACAGUCAUUGCCAAACCAACACAGGAGUCAGUAGAUGCAUCUCAGCAGGUGGAUGCCUCUUUGAGCCAGGGAGUGGACUACUCGGAUAGUGAGGUAGCAGUAACUCUGAUUGACACGUCUCAGCCUGGAGACCCAUUGAGUCUGCAUGAACCCAUUAAAAUCGUCAUCACCAUGAGCAGUAGCCCUAACUCCAUGACUGACAUGGAAAGCUCACUCCAUCUGAAUGUGAUUGGCACUGAAAGAACUAAUUUAAAGACUGAAGCUGAAGUAACUACCCCAGAGAUGGCCAGUCCUGCAAGUCUUGAACAAACAAGAAUUCCUGUCAUUACCCUUGAACUGCCUGAGGAUGGACAAGGAGAUAUCAGUUGUCCAGAGAACAAUGAAAGUGAAAGAACUCCCAAGAAAUUGAUGGUGGUAGAUUCUUCACAUCAGUGUUCUGGCUAUGAAUCUGGAGAGGGGGGGAAUGCCACAAAAGACUACAGCUCUUCCCUAAAAGACCAUUGUGAAACAACACCUCCACUCAUGCCUAAUGUGGUCUUUGAAUCUGAGGGAGCUAAGGAAGGCCAGGCUAAUCUUGAUCCAUCAUUUUGUAAAAGUACCCAUGAAAAGAGACAUGCUCGGGUGCUCAGUGUGGAUAGUGGGACGGAUGUCUUCCUGAGCAAGAGUUCCACAGAAAUUGUCAGCGAUAAGGAGAAAACAAUGCCAACUUCCAAAUCUGACCUAGAAGCCAAAGAGGGACAAAUACCAAAUGAAUCUAACUUCCUGGAAUUUGUCUCCCUGUUAGAGUCAAUUAAUACUUCAAAAGUGGUGGCUUCUACUCAAAAGAACGGCCUACCAGAGCAAAACAGAGAAAAUGGGCUUCUCAGAGAUAAAUGCACCCAAGAGAAAAAGGAAGAAAUUGUUGAAAGUGAAAAACCCUAUGAAGGCAAUUCUAAGCAAGGAAAACCAGACAUACAAAGUCAAGACCAUACUAGUACAAGCCCUGUGAUCAUGGAGCCUGCCAAGAUUACUACCCUUUUCCAGGGCAGUAGGCAAAGACAAAUAAUCUACCGGGUAACUUCCCAACAAGAUAGCUCUCUCUUGCAAGUCAUCAGUGGGCCUGAAACGUCUGUACAAGAUGAAAUAUCUGUGGAUGCUAUGCAUGUCUUCAUUGAUGAGCAUGGAGAAAUAAAAUCCUGUUAUUUAAAAUCUGGGAAUCAGAAAGAAGGCCAUUUACACCACCAGCUUUUGAAUUAUGACAGUGUCUCUCGUGCCCGAGAAGUACUCGUCAGUUCCUCCAGCACCACAACUUCUGAGAGUCAAGAUCCUUCUUCUGGGGACCCUGCAGUCAGUGCACUUCAACAACAGCUGCUACUAAUGGUGGCUCGGAGGACCCAGUCAGAGACCCCUCGGCAUUUGAGUCAGGAUCUGGAAGACUCAUCUUGUUCUUCAACACAAGGAAAAUUUAACAGAGAGCAAUUUUAUAAAUUUAUCAUUUUCCCUGGCAAGUGGAUUAAAGUCUGGUACGAUCGACUUACUUUGUUGGCGCUACUUGAUCGAACUGAAGAUGUCAAGGAAAAUGUGCUGGCGGUUCUACUGAUUGUCCUGGUUUCUUGGCUUGGAUUUCUAACUCUGAACCGAGGCUUUUACAAAGACAUGCGGGUGCUACUCUUCUGUCUUGUAAUGGCCAGUUGCCAGUAUUCCCUGUUAAAGAGUGUUCAGCCUGACCCUGCCUCACCAAUUCAUGGACACAACCAAAUCAUAACAUAUAGCAGACCAAUCUAUUUUUGUGUGCUGUGUGGCCUUAUUUUGCUUCUUGAUAUAGGGGCCAAAGCCAGGCACCCAUCCUCUUAUGUUAUCUAUGGCCUGAAGCUCUUCUCUCCAGGGUCCCUCCAAUCAGCUAGGGACCUCUUAAUAGUGUUUUUAUAUUGCUUUCCUGCAAUUUCCCUUCUUGGACUCUUCCCGCAGAUCAACACUUUCUGCAUUUAUCUCUUGGAACAAAUUGACAUGCUGUUUUUUGGAGGAUCAGCCGUUUCAGGGAUGACAUCGGCGGUUUAUAGCAUGGCCCGGAGUGCUGCAGUUGUGGCUCUGCUUCACGUGUUCUGUUUUAGUGCAGUGAAGGAGCCGUGGAGUAGCCAACACAUCCCAGCGCUAUUUUCAACAUUUUGUGGCCUCCUGGUUGCUCUUUCCUAUCAUCUGAGCAGGCAAAGCAGUGAUCCCUCAGUGCUCCUGUCCUUUAUUAAAUGCAAAUUGUUUCCUAAAUUUUUACAUCAAAAUAUAGAAGAGUUGGCUGCAGAUCCUCUUCCAAAGAAGAUGAAAGAUUCAGUGAAGGAGAUCUUAAGAUCGGACCUCAUUAUCUGCUCAUUGGCUGCUGUUUUGUCAUUUGCAGUCAGUGCCAGUACUGUGUUCCUGUCCUUGAGACCAUUUCUCAGCAUUGUGCUGUUUGGCCUUGCUGGCAUGGUGGGAUUUGUGACCCAUUACAUGCUCCCUCAGCUCCGAAAGCAUCAUCCAUGGAUGUGGAUUUCGCACCCUGUUCUUAAAAACAGAGAGUAUCAGCAACAAGAAGUGAGAGAUGUUGCCCAUUUAAUGUGGUUUGAAAGACUCUAUGUUUGGCUUCAGUGUUUUGAAAAAUAUAUCUUGUACCCAGCAAUAAUUUUAAAUGCCCUCACUAUUGAUGCAUUUUCAAUAAGCAAUUACAGGAGACUUGGUACUCACUGGGACAUCUUUCUGAUGAUCAUUGCUGGCAUGAAACUGCUGAGGACUUCUUUCUGCAAUCCGGUUCACCAGUUUAUUCAUCUGAGCUUCACUGUAAUCUUUUUCCAUUUUGACUACAAAGAUUUUUCUGAGAGUUUCCUACUGGAUUUCUUCAUAGUGUCCAUUUUAUUUAGCAAGCUUGGGGACCUGCUUCACAAGCUACAGUUCGUCAUGACAUAUGUGGCUCCUUGGCAGAUGGCUUGGGGUUCUUCAUUUCACGUGUUUGCUCAGCUUUUUGCAAUCCCUCAUUCUGCAAUGCUCUUCUUCCAGAUGAUUGCCACUUCAAUCUUUUCUACUCCAUUGAGCCCAUUUCUUGGGAGUGUCAUAUUCAUUACAUCAUAUGUCAGGCCUGUGAAGUUCUGGGAGAAAAACUACAAUACAAAGCGUGUGGAUAAUUCCAACACAAGGCUUGUUGUCCAAAUUGAAAAGGAUCCAGGAAAUGAUGACAACAAUCUUAAUUCUAUCUUCUAUGAACAUUUGACAAGAGCCCUUCAGGAGUCCCUCUGUGGAGAUUUGGUUCUUGGCCGAUGGGGUAACUAUAGCUCCGGUGACUGCUUUAUUCUAGCUUCAGACUAUCUCAAUGCUUUUGUGCAUCUGAUUGAAAUUGGCAAUGGUCUCGUCACCUUUCAGCUUCGAGGAUUAGAAUUUCGAGGAACCUACUGCCAGCAGAGAGAGGUGGAAGCCAUCAUGGAAGGUGAUGAGGAUGACAGAGGCUGCUGUUGCUGCAAACCAGGUCAUUUGCCCCAUCUGUUAUCCUGCAAUGCUGCCUUUAACCUCCGCUGGCUCACCUGGGAGAUCACCCGAACACAGUACAUCCUAGAGGGCUACAGCAUCAUAGAUAACAACGCGGCUACCAUGCUGCAGGUUUUCGAUCUCCGAAGGAUCCUUGUCCGAUACUAUAUCAAGAGUAUAAUAUACUAUAUGAUAACUUCCCCUAAACUCUUCUCAUGGAUAAAAAAUGAAUCACUUCUGAAGUCCCUGCAGCCUUUUGCCAAGUGGCAUUAUAUUGAGCGCGACCUUGCCAUGUUCAACGUUAACAUUGAUGAUGACUAUGUUCCAUGUCUCCAAGGAAUAACACGAGCCAGCUACUGUAAUGUGUAUUUAGAAUGGAUUCAGUACUGUGCACGGAAAAGACAAGAGCCUGCAAAGAAUGUGGAAAGUGAUGAGGACUCUGCCUUGGUGACUCUGUCAUUUGCCCUGUGCAUCCUGGGGAGGAGAGCCCUGGGAACAGCAGCUCACAAUAUGGCCAUCAGCCUGGACUCUUUCUUAUAUGGUCUCCACGCCCUCUUCAAAGGCGACUUUCGAAUAACAGCUCGAGAUGAGUGGGUCUUUGCUGACAUGGACCUACUCCACAAAGUCGUUGCUCCAGCUAUCAGGAUGUCUCUGAAGCUUCACCAGGACCAGUUCACUUGCCCUGAUGAGUAUGAAGAUCCUGUGGUCCUCUAUGAGGCCAUCCAGUCCUUUGAGAAGAAGGUGGUGAUCUGCCAUGAGGGUGACCCAGCUUGGCGGGGUGCUGUGCUUUCCAAUAAGGAGGAGCUGCUCACCUUGAGGCAUGUGGUGGAUGAGGGCACUGAUGAGUACAAGGUUAUCAUGCUCCACAAAAGCUUCCUGAGCUUCAAGGUGAUAAAGGUCAACAAAGAAUGUGUCCGUGGACUUUGGGCUGGGCAACAACAGGAACUCAUAUUCCUUCGCAACCGUAAUCCAGAGCGAGGCAGCAUACAGAACAACAAGCAGGUCCUCCGGAACUUGAUUAAUUCCUCCUGUGAUCAGCCCCUGGGCUACCCCAUGUAUGUCUCCCCGCUAACCACAUCCUAUCUAGGGACCCACAGACAGCUGAAAAAGGUCUGGAGUGGACCUGUCGCUUUGGACAGCAUUAGGACCUGGUUCCGAACCAAGUUAUUAGGAAUGCGAAAGGACUGUGAUGCGGCUCAGCAGAGUGGUGGCAACAUUGAAGACAUGGACAGAACAGCGGGGGCUCCUCCCCCUGCAGGCAGCCACGCCCCCGGUGGUGAGAGUCAAGAGAGCAGCUAUGAACAGCCCAGAAAAGAUGGUACCCGCCACUGGUCACCCCAUGAAGGGACACGGAGGACAGGCAGGAGGAAAGGCAGGAGUCAGUCUGUCCAGGCGCAUGGGACCUUAAGCCAGCGGCUGCCCAUCUUGAGUUCAUCCGGCCCCAUCCUAGAAAGUCACCAAGCCUUUCUCCAGACCUCCACCUCCGUCCACGAGCUGGCGCAGAGGCUGUCGGGCAGUCGGCUUUCCUUGCGUACCUCAGCUGCCUCCCUGCACUCUCAGCCCCCACCUGUCAGCACCACGGGACACCUGAGCGUCCGAGAACGGGCCGAGGCACUGAUCAGAUCCAGCCUGGGCUCGUCCACCAGCUCUACCCUCAGUUUCCUCUUCGGCAAGAGGAGCUUCUCCAGUGCUCUUGUCAUUUCGGGACUCUCUGCUGCCGAGGGAGGCAAUACCAGUGACACCCAGUCAUCCAGCAGUGUCAACAUAGUGAUGGGUCCCUCUACCAGGGCUGCCAGUCAUGCCACACAGCAUUUCUCUGAGCCCUGUGAAUCCACUGAAGCCACAGAACAGGGACAGUUUCGCGACCAUCGUCUGGCUGAAGCUACGGUCAGAAAUGCGGGGGUGAUUUGCAGAAGAGCCAGCCAGGAGGACAUGGGCCUGGAUGAUACCACUUCCCAGCAAAGUGCCUCUGAUGAGCAGUGAAGGGGCACAAGGCUGGGAAGAAGCACCCCACAGUGAAGGGAGAAAGGGAAGUCUGUGCUCCCUCCUUGACCCCAAACAAAAACAGCAAACUCUGUGACCUCUGUGA